AGUCACGCGCACACCACAUUUGCGUUCACAAGCGCGCAAGGCCCUCGCUCUGCGCCCCGCACACCUGCGCUCCGCCCCCUGGUCCUGGGCCGGCGUCGGGCGAAGGCUUUUGGGAACCCAGGGUGGCUGCGGCGGCGCACCCCAUCUCUUCCCCUUUCCGGGGCCGGAGUUGUCGGGAAUCUGCCGCUGCUCCCAGCCAGGCGGCAUCCCUCUCCAUCCUUCCCUCCCCCCCGCCUGCCGCGGCACCGGUAUCUGCAGCCGCAGCCCGGAGCCGGUGAGGCGGCGAAGGGGGGAGGGGAAGGAAGAGAGGGAUGAGAGCCGGGAGGGCGUCGGGGGCCCUGAGCCGGACUAGGACGCCCCUGGAGCCGGAACCCGAGCAGGAGCCGGAGCCGGAGCCAGAACCAAACCACCGCUGCAGCCCCCAAACCCCGGGAGGCGCCCUGGCCCGCGCUCGCCCCCCAGGGCCUCAUGGCGGAACCACAGCCUGACCUGGAGCCACCCCAACAUGGACUGUACAUGCUCUUCCUGCUUGUGCUGGUCUUCUUCCUCAUGGGCCUCGUGGGCUUCAUGAUCUGCCACGUGCUCAAGAAGAAGGGUUACCGCUGCCGCACAUCCAGGGCCUCGGAGCCUGAUGACACCCAGCUCCAGCCCCCUGACGACGAUGACAUGAAUGAGGACACAGUAGAGAGGAUUGUUCGCUGUAUCAUCCAAAAUGAAGCCAAUGCUGAGGCCUUGAAGGAGAUGCUGGGGGACAGUGAAGGAGAAGGGACAGUGCAGCUGUCCAGCGUGGACGCCACUUCCAGCCUGCAGGAUGGAGCCCCCUCCCAUCAUCACACAGUGCACCUGGGCUCUGCAGCCCCUUGCAUCCACUGCAGCCGCAACAAGAGGCCCCCACUUGUCCGUCAGGGACGCUCCAAGGAAGGAAAGAGCCGUGCCCGGCCUGGGGAGACCACCGUUUUCUCUGUGGGCAGGUUCCGGGUGACACACAUUGAGAGGCGCUAUGGACUGCAUGAGCAUCAUGAUGGCUCCCCCACAGACAGGAGCUUGGGGUCUGGUGGGGGGCAGGACCCAGGGGGCAGCCAAGGGUCUGGGGAAGGGCAGUCCAGGGCAGGGAUGCCAGCCAUGGAAAGCCUGCCCCCUGAGAGGCCACAGCCCCAGGCCCUUGCCAGCCCCGCAGUGCAGAAUGGACUCAGGGACAGCAACCUAGUCCCUUGUGCCCUUGGAGGGAACCCUGGAGCCUCUGCAGAGUCACCGCUGGCAGCUGGAGGGAGAGGCCCAAGCCCAGGGCUGGCCAGUCAAGAGGCCAAUGGACAGCCAAACAAACCGGACACAUCAGAUCACCAGGUGUCUCCAGCACGGGGAGCAAAAGGUGUGUGAGCCUCCUUCUUCAUUGCCGAGGAACUACCAGUUGCAGAGCCAGGGGCUGGGUGGCCAUGAAGCCCCUCCUUUCCACUGGACAGCACUGCCCCCAGCUGAGGGACCGGUCCUAAUCGGUCUCAGCCUGGAGGACACUG